GGAUCACGUGACCAAAUUUGUGAAAAUGGCGGCUACCCAAAAUUUUCAACAUGGAUUCAAAUAUGCCAUACACCGUGUCCAGUCAUAACACAGAAAUGAAACCAGCGUAAGAAGCGUUCUCGGGGGUCUCUAAAGUGAAAGAACUGGGUCAAAAUGUCGGGUAGAGGUAGGCGAGCAAGGGGCCGGCCUCCAAAAACCCCUUUGCCGACAAACAGAACCAAUUUUUUGAGAAAACCGAAAGCCUACCAAGCACGAAGUGAAGCAUCAAGUAAUCCAAGCUCUAGAUGUAGUACACCAAUCAGUAUACCAGGGACUCCAACAAGAGGUAGAGGGAGAUCAAGAGAUGCGGCCCAAAGAGGUAGAAAUUUUAUGAACAACCUGUUUGAUGAAGACGACGCUUCUAGAUCUAGCGUGGACCCCGAAGAAAAAGGCAGCGAUGUUGCGGACGAUAUCGAGCCGUUAGAAGACGAUUCUGACAGUGUUUAUGAAGAUUCUGACUCAGAUUUCAGCGACGAUAGCUACAGUACACAAAGUUCAACAGGGAAAAGGAAAUUGUUAUUUUUUCGUAGACCAAAAACACCAGAAUUACUAGAUGACAAAGAUAUACCUCAGUUAGACUUACCAAGUAGUUCAAGUGAUUUACUCAUACCCACUGAGUCCUUGAUGAUGUGCUUGGGUGUGUACGAAGUCAUUAGACAUUUUAGAGUCAUAUUAAGGCUAUCACCAUUCACUUUUGAAGAUUUCUGUGCAGCUCUUCUGAGUGAUGAAGUUUCUACAUUGUUGAUUGAAACACACAUGACUCUAUUGAGGUCAUUGUUAAGAGAGGAAGAUGGCAAUAAUACAACUUUUGGCCCAACUGAUCUCAAGGACAGCAUUAAUGUUUCUUUAUAUUUCAUUGACUCCAUGACUUGGCCUGAGUUAGUUCGAAGUUAUUUAGACAGUGACCGUUUAACAGAAAACAAAGAAGCACUCCAAAUCUUGGAUAAAAGUACAGAGUAUCCAUUUGUGUCAUUUUUAGAACGAUUAAAAGUGUUGAAAGUGUUGACAGACUUGUUUCUCUCAACAAAUAGUGUUAGAGAAGAAAUUAUGAAUGAAGGCAACAUCCAUUAUGAUGACCAUUGUAGAGCAUGCCAUAAGUUGGGAGACUUGCUUUGUUGUGAAACUUGCUCUGCGGUCUAUCAUCUUGCCUGUGUGGAGCCUCCAAUGGAAGAGGUUCCAGAAGAAGAUUGGGUCUGUACAAUAUGCAAGGCCCACAAGGUAAAGGGUGUGACAGACUGUGCUUCUGAGGCAGAGAAAAGUGGCUUGCUGUGUAGACAGGAACCUAUUGGGUUUGACAGACACAGAAGGAAAUACUGGUUCUUAUGCAGGAGAAUUGUUGUGGAGAGCGAGACUGAAGCAUGGUACUACAGUACACAACCUCAGUUUGAAGAGCUGCUGGAAGUUUUGGACAAAAAUAACUAUGAAAGAGAUCUUUACCAAACUCUGUUAGAAUUCAAGGAGGAUAUCUUGAAACACAUGUCUAUAACAGAGGAGUUGACAAAUAGCCACAAGGGAAACAGAAAAUCGGCCUUAGAGAUUGAAAUAGCUCAGUUAAAGAAGACUCAAACAGAAAGAGUAUUGAAGAAAGCGAAGGAAGAAGAGGAGAGGAAAGCUAAGGAGAUUGAAGAGGCAAAACAGAGGGAAGAGGAGAAGAUGGAGAAGGAAGUUAUUCUUCUUGAUGGCCCAGAGAUGAAUGGAGAUAUCAAUGAAAACUCCAAUUCUAAACAGCCUGGACUUGAUUCCUCAGUGGUGGAAGAAGUGAUAAUAUCAGAGGAGAAUACUGUAAUUGCAACAACCAGUGAAGUGACUUCCUCGCAAUCAAUAAUGAGUGAGGCCAAGAAAAUGGAGACCUCCGUACAGCAGGUGGUGGAAACGGUAACCACGACUACCAUCAAGACUAUUUCCAGCACUAAAGUAACAAACAGCGAGGAAGGCAUGGAAACAGAAUCAGGCGAUCAGUCACUCAAACCAGAGGAUGAAAUCGUGCUUCAGGAGAAAAAUGGGCAAGAUCCUACUUCAGAACUGAAAUCCUUUGAGAUUAAGAAAUUAGACAAGACUCCAGAUGGUGUAAAGUCUACUAUAAUGAAUGUGCAAUCUGUGUGUCCGAACGUGAAACCCACUGUGCUUAAGGUGACAGAGGAUAGUCCUCAGAAAUCCCCGCAGACACGGACAGUGCUGAUAGUGAACCGUGACGGAAAUCGUGUGACACUGGCUGUCAGUAAACAACCUAUCACAACAACUCAAGGCUCCGAGGGCAUCGACACUGUAGUUACCCAGAAUUCCACAGAAAACACCACAGUGGUCUCUUCCUCUGAUGCUCGAAGAAUUGUGACUCGGUCUAAGACUGGUUCCCUCACUCCUAAACAGUUCACUGACUCAGUCACGUCCACUACGGCCUCUGUCAAGACCAGGUCAUCUGAUGACGUCCUUGUAAUCAACAAAGAUGGAGACAUUACCAGAGUUACCCGCAGCAAAAGUGCCUUAAUGAUGCAGCAGUCUGUGUACUAUAAGCUUGGGAUGGAGAAUAACUUCAAGACAUAUCAGAAUCAGUACUCCAGUAACCAGCUGGCUCUGAACAAACACCAGCACAACGAGGAGCGGGACAAGCGACGGUACCUCUCCCACAAGUUUAGCCUGACACAGCUGAGCGAAUUCAAGUGGAACGGGGCGGUGGUGGGGAGGAAGAACCUGGUCACCAACACUCUGAUGAUGACCCUCACACAACUGGAGAACAACAUUCCCACUGCCUUCCUUCAUCCGCACUGGCCACUGCACCGCCAGAACUGGAACAAUGCUGUACAGCUGUGUAGAUCUCCCUCCGACUUUGGCCUUGCUUUGUCUAUACUGGAGGCUUGUCUUAAACCUGUUAUAUUUAACCCUGUGUGGACAGAAGCUUUAGGUCACUCAAAACUGAUGAAAAUUACCUCACUGGACAGAGAAGAGAUGAAGAAAAGAGAGAAGGAGAUGAAGAAGAGAAAAGAUGAGGAGGAAGAAAGCCGUGGCCCACUAAUCUGGAUAAAGUACACUCUGGGCCUCAAACACCAGGUGUGGAAGCAGAGAGGGGAAGAGUACAGGGUGACCGGGGGUCAGGGCUGGCUGUGGCUAUCUAAAACCAGGAGGGGUAACCAUGUGUCCCAAGACAGCGUGGGUCUCAGGAACGUGGCUCGUAAGUUACGGGCUCGUAAACGCAAAGCUGAGGAGGAACAAGAUGAAAACCAAGAUGCAAAAGUGGAAGAAACUGCUGUGAAAAAAAUUAAAGAAGAAAAUCCAGAUACUGAAGGAACCCAAGCAGAGAAAAUGGAUACUGAUGAGAAACCUGUUGAGGCCCAUGCAGAGGAUAGUGGAAAUCAUAAAAUGGAGGUAGACGAAGAAAAAUGUGAAAAAGGUGAAAAUCAGGGUACCAUAAAAACUGAACAGGUUGUUACCAUUGAUGUGGAGAAUUCAAGCCCUGUAAAAAAUGUUAAGGUAGCAAAUGAUGAGAAAACCGGCAAACCUGCCAGAGACUCUCCUCUAACAUCUGCUUAUAAAGAUUCCAGCUUACCUCCAAAAGCUGAUGUAGAUCUGAUUAAUGUUUCUAAAGGUAUGAAUGAACGAACAUACUACCAGAAAGUCACUAAACCCUAUGCAAAACUAGAUUCUCUCUUGGUAAAGCGGUUAAAGCAAGAAGAAAUUGAGAUUAAGCAGAGACAAGCUUUACAACAGCAGAUAAACUGGAAGUUAAAAUCUCAAAUCAAAUCAGAAUCAGCUCCACUCUCAAAAAGCAUAAAACAGGAAGAAGUCAAAACAGAAGAAAGCAAACCAUUCACUGAUACCACUCCGUCAGAGGAAACUCCAGACCUCCCGUCACACCCUUGCUACUCCUACCUGUGUCGGAGUGAGGAGGGAUCCUGCUACUCGUGUCUCUGCAUGCAGAAGCAGUCUCAGGAUGAAGCCAUGCUAAACCUGGCUGGUAACAAUCAACAGAACAGCUCAGAUGCCGAGAUGGAUGAGGAGGAGGAAGAAGAUGAUGAAGAGGAAGAAGAUGUUGAUGUGGAAGGAGAUGGAAAGCUUUCUCCUCAAAAGACCGCUCAGGUCAAAGACGAAAAAGUGGACAUAAAGAAGGAGGUGGAGGAGCAGGAUAUGGAGACCUCCGAAGCUGAUCAGAAAUCCAUUAAACCAGAACCCGAAGCCAAGUCAGUUAUCCCAAAACCUACAGGCAGCACAGUCAGCACAGAGGUGGUGACGAAGGUGACCACAAGUGGUAGUAGUGCUGUUGUUCAGAUGUUGGCUCAGAAGUCAGGAGCUAAGACAAAUCAAAUGACUCAAGCACAGAUGGCGUUAAGACAAGCCAUUGAUAAGAUGAGUGUAGAGGAACUCAGGAGUAAGAUGCCUCCUAUCAGAACAAGUAAAGAACCAAUCAAGUUGGUCAAAUUUGCCAAACUCGGUCAAAGAAUACCAGCUAAAAAGAAAGCCACUUUGCCAUCUUGUCACAAGUUUUUGACACCCAGUGGAAAGAAAACUUUGUUCGCUUUAGAAAAAUUUGAGUUGAGGAAAUUGUCUCGUAAAGGAGGCAAAUGUGAAACCAAGGCUUUUAAUUAUAAUUGUAAAAUGAAUAAUGUGAACUGGAUUUAUCCCUGUCCUAGGCCUGUGUUUAAAACUGCCUGGAGAUACAGGACUCAGACUUGUAGAUCAUAUGGGGCGGUAGGUAGUCAACUGAGGAUUUUGUGGGCGUGUCUGCGCUGGGAUGAUCUGGCAGUCAAGCCUCCAGCUGGUGGUACCAACACAAUCUCAACAGAAACGGAAAUCACAACUAAGGAACUGCUGAAACGAAGAGAUGUCGGCCCUCACAAUCUACGAUCAGAAUUCUUGGUCAGGAAAAUAGUUGUACCUCUUGGAGUACCUUCUCAACCAAAAGAGAAGUACACACCCCAGAGACUUGGUUUAAGAGAAAGGAAAAGGGCAGACUCCCCUAAGCAAACAGAGCCAAGUGUCACAGAAGAAUGGACACCAGAGGAAGAACUGGAACUCUGGGAAAUCAAACAGUUUGGGGAAAAGUUAGCAAGACAAAGGGCUGCCAUUCAAGAGAAGUCUGGCUCAGAGACUACCACAAUCCAACAGACUACAUCUGUCAAUGCGGCGCAGCUCAAGGCCCAGCUAGAGCAGCAGCUGAAGCAGCAGAGACUGGCCCUGCAGCAGAAGCGACUGCUGGAGGCACAGGGCAAGAUCGUAACAAUGGCCACCACAGCUCCCUCUCUUAUCUCGGCCACCCUCAACAGUGCUGCAGGGGGGACCGUCAUCAAAACCCUGGGUGGCACGGUUGGAAGCAGUUUACUUACAGGGGGUACCAGUAUUUUAAAGACAGUUCAACCAAAGACUCUGUCUGCAUUGACUGGUGUAGCAACAACCAGUGGGGGCACUCCAAUAAGACCUGUGGUCAAGGUUCAGCUGCCCAUGAGAACCAAUUUACAAACUUCCUCAGGUGUUACACUGGCCCCCAAACCAGGGUCUAUAGUUGUAACUACAGCCCAACCAUCAGCUGUCACUAGACUGAUUGUCCCGAUCUCCAAACCCCAGCUUACACCAACCAAAGUGAACGUGAUUGGGAAUCCAGCAUUACAGACAACUCCCACUAGAGUGAUUGUUCCCUCAUCAAUCCAAACACCAUCUCCUGCAGUUCCAAAAGUACAAAUUCGUCCUACAAGCUCUCCAGGAACCCAAAACCUGCAGAUAAUUCAGGGACCCUCUGGCCAACUACAAGUCCGGGGCUUAUUGCAGGGUCAGCAGAUUAUUCGCCUUCCUGAUGGCAGACUUCAGCUUUUGACCUUGCCACAAUCUGGCACCACAACACAAGUGGCCAGUGCCAGCGUUACCUCCACCCCACAAACUAGUCUGGCCUCUACGCUGGUCCCUCCCCGGGGGCAGCUUGCAAUUCGCCCUACCUCAUCCGUUUUAGUCAGCACUAGUACAGGGCUGUCAGCUCUGGCUGGUUCCACACCCACUCGCAUUAUAGUGCCUUCCCAGGCUCUCUCUUCGGGAGGCACCCUGCAGAUUGGAAACUCCACCAUCCAGACCAAACAAAUACUGGCGCAGUCUCUGGCCAACUUGGGUAACGUUACCUCUGUCGACGGAACGGCCACUGUAGUAAGACCAGCCACCACUACUGUUCAAGCUGCUGAGACCCCCAAACUAGCAGCCAGUCUGUCUACCACACCAGUUUCUGUGUCUGGAACUAAUAUGGCAGCCACUCUUUUGUCACCCCUCAAACUUGCAUCUGGCACGCGCCCUAUUUUAGUAUCAUCAGUACCUACAUUACCGAAACAGACUUCUUCCAUCAGUAUAGCUCCACCAUCCACUGUAUUGUUACCUGUCAAAAUGUCUACUGCUAUAGCUGGAAUGACUAGUACACCUCAUCUAGUGGCACCUGCUACUCAGACCGUUCAGCAGCAAGUUGUACUACAGAGUCCACCCCAGACCAUUGUCUCCACCCCACGUACUACAGUGGCUCCUACUACCCCAGCGGCAUCCUCCACAAAGUAUGCUGUGACACCCCAAGUUGUGCAGCAAGUUGUUCGACAAGCACUAAUGCAGAAUCAGACCCCUGAAAUUCAGGCCAAGUUGCUGGCUAUGCAACGUAUGAUGCAGAACCCUUCAGCAACCUUAACCCCUCCUACCCAGCCCGUGAUUGAGAAACCACAGGUUGUGGUCACCCCCACGCCCUCUAUACCGCAGCCUGAUCCUGCGGCAAAGCCAAUGACCCAGGAACAGAGGGAGGAGCGAAUGAGGAGAGCUGUGUGUGGGGCGGUCCUAAAGUCCAUCGUGGAGAAGAUCGAGAAGAAAGAAAAGGAAGAAGUCCGCAAAGUGAAAAAACAGGAGCUGGAGGAGGAAAAGCAGAAGCGAUUAAUGGUAGCCAAACUUCACGGCACUUUGUACAAACACAAGGAGGCUCUCAAGAGGGAAAUUCUUAAGAAACGUUCAUUAAUGGAGAAAAAUCUGCAGCAAGAGAUCCAGUUUGAAGUUGCUGAGCAGUUGAAGAAACGUCAGGGUCAUACUCCCAAGAGAUUUGAACAAGGGUCCCGACAGUCCAAUUCUGCAAUCCUAACGGUUCAACAACACAUUGCAAGCGGCAACAAGAAACCCAUAAUACCAGCCGAGCAAGUCAUCAAGCCCAAACGCAAGAAGCAGAAAAUCAUAUCAACGGGGGCAAACAAGGCUUUGAACCCCAAAUCCAGACUUUACUGUGUGUGCAAGCAGCCCUAUGAUGAUACUAAGUUUUACAUUGGCUGUGAUUUAUGUUCCAAUUGGUUCCAUGGCAGCUGUGUCGAUAUAUCAGAGGAUAUGGCAAAGAGAAUUGACUCUUACGUGUGUGAUGAGUGCAAGAGACAGAGGGAGACUGCCACAGAGGAACUGUACUGUCUGUGCAAGACUCCUUAUGAUGAUACUCAGUUUUACAUUGGCUGUGACCGGUGCCAGGACUGGUUCCACGGUCGGUGUGUGGGCGUAUCCCAGGUCGAGGCCAAUCACAUGGAUGUCUAUAUUUGUCCAAAUUGUGAGAAAAAGGAGGAGGUCGACCCAAUUAGCCAGAAAAUCCUGCAGGAGAAGGACUAUGAAAAUGUCCGCAGACUUGUGAAAUCCAUGCAGUCACACAAGAUGGCCUGGCCAUUUUUAGAGCCAGUGGACCGCAGUGAGGUUCCUGAUUAUUAUGCAGUUAUUAAAGAUCCUAUGGAUCUUCAGACUUUGGAGAGUAAUGUGAUUGAGAGGAAGUAUCUCCGGCUCUGUGACUUUGUGAAGGAUGUGACGAAGGUGUUUGACAAUUGUCGGCUGUACAAUCCUGCUGAUACUCCAUUUUAUCAGUGUGCCGAAGUUCUGGAAACAUUUUUCGUCCAGAGACUAAAGACUCUAAAAGAGAGAAUAUGAAACCAUUAUCUUCAUGCAAUCCAUUUUGUUAGCAAUCUGUCAUAAUCAUAUUCUCUGUGUACAUUGUACAUAAAUUCAUAUUCUGUGUGUACAUUGUACAUACAUGUUAGGACUGUGGUGAACAGAAUCGUGGAAGCAGCUCAUUUUCUAAAUUAUUGUCAUGAUGUUAAAAUCUUCAAAAUCUAGUUUUACGAUUAUUGGGUAGAACAAAUUUUUUAUGUGUAUCAUUCUAUACAUUUUCUCUAGAAUAAAUUAUAGAACAUUG